AUGCAUCCUUCGUCUCCAUCGGAGCCCAUCGCCAUCAUUGGCAGCAGUUGCCGGUAUCCGGGCCCGGCCAAGAACCCUUCCCACCUGUGGCAGUUGCUUUGCGACCCUUACGACCUCUCCAAGAAAGCUCCCGCCGACCGAUUCAAUAUCGACGGUUUUUAUCACUCCAUCGGUGAGCAUCAUGGGACGACCAAUGCUCCCAAGGCCUACUGGCUGGAUGGGGACGUGCGGAUGUUCGAUGCCCCCUUCUUCAGCAUCACACCCAAGGAGGCCGAAGCUAUCGAUCCCCAGAGCAAGAUUCUCCUGGAGGUCGUCUACGAGGGCAUGGAGUCAGCCGGCCUGACCCUGCAGGGCUGCGCGGGGAAGAAAGUGGGCGUCUUCGCCGGCCUGAUGACGGCCGACUAUGAGCUGAUGACGGGCAAGGACGAUGUCACUGCCAGCCAGUACACGGUAACAGGCACCUCGCGGUCCCUGGUAUCCAACCGCCUGUCCUACUUCUUCAACUGGAACGGUCCUUCCAUGACCAUUGACACGGCGUGCUCGUCAAGUCUGGUAGCCAUGCAUCAGGCCGUGCUUAGUCUACGCUCCGGCGAAUGCUCGCUGGCCUGCGUGGCUGGAGCGAAUAUCAUGCUCGGCCCCGACACCUUCAUCAUCGAAUCCAGCCUGCACAUGCUGUCCCCGGACGGGCAGUCCAGGAUGUGGGAUGCCUCUGCCAACGGCUAUGCGCGUGGCGAAGGCGCCGGAUGUUUCUUCAUCAAGACCCUGUCUCAGGCCCUGGCGGACGGCGACGGGAUCGAGUGUAUCAUCCGCGAGACGGGCGUCAACUCGGACGGCCGCACCAAAGGCAUCACCAUGCCCAGCCCUGAUGCACAGGCGGCUUUGAUCCGCGAUACCUACUACCGCUCCGGGCUGGACCCGCAGAAUCCCCUCCACCGGUGUCAGUACUUUGAAGCCCACGGCACAGGCACACAGGCGGGAGAUCCUCGGGAGGCCGAGGCCAUCCACCGCGCCUUCUUCGGGAUGCCAGGUGAUUCGAGUAACGAGGUGGAAGGCAGCCUGCUUGUCGGCUCAAUCAAGACGAUCAUCGGGCAUACGGAGGGCGCGGCCGGGGUGGCGGGCGUCCUGAAGGCCUCGAUGGCCUUGCAACAGGGCGUCAUCCCCCCCAACCAGCACUUCCACAACGUUAACCCUUCUGUUGCCCCGUUUAUGCAACGCCUAUGUAUUCCCACAGCGCUGACUCCUUGGCCGACGACAGAGCCCGGACAGCCAUUACGAGCCAGCGUCAACUCGUUCGGCUUCGGGGGGACGAAUUCGCACGCCAUUCUGGAGAAGUACGACCCGGCAAUCCACGGCCGAGCGACGACGGCAUUGGCAGUUCCGUCCACAUCAGCGAGCCUGCCCUUCGUCUUCUCGGCCAACUCAGAUCAGGCUCUCGUCCAGAUGGUCGAUCGGUACCGCGAAUACCUGGCCACCCAUCCGGCCAUCCAACUGAACGAUCUAGCUCAUACGCUGGCCUUCCGUCGUUCGCCUCUCGCCCAGAAACUCUCCUUCCCACCAACAAAUAGCAUCGACGCCCUGAUCCAGAGCAUGGAAGGCAAGCUGACUGCCGCGCGAGAGUCCUCUUCAGACAUCGGGGUGCGGACCAAGCCGGGCGAGAGCGCAACGCGGAUCCUGGGGAUCUUCACGGGGCAGGGUGCCCAAUGGCCCACCAUGGGAAAAGCGCUCCUCGAGACCUCCCCGUCCUUCCGCAGUUCUAUGCAAGCCCUAGACGAGGUGCUGCAGGGAUGUCCCACCCCUCCCCGCUGGUCUCUCAUCACCGAGCUGCUGGCCCCACCAGGCCAGUCGCGUCUCCAGGAAGCCAGCCUCUCCCAGCCCCUAUGCACGGCCAUUCAGAUCGCCCUGGUCGACCUGCUGAGGCAAUCUGGCGUCCACCUCGACGCUGUCGUCGGCCACUCAUCCGGUGAAAUUGGCGCCGCCUACGCCGCAGGCUCUCUCACAGCCCGCGACGCCAUCCUGAUCGCCUACUACCGUGGUGUGCACGCCAAGCUGGCCCGCAGUCCAAACGGAGACUCGGGGGCCAUGAUGGCCGUCGGAAUGGGCGUCGAUGAGGCAUUGGAUUUCUGCAGCCAUGUCGAUCUGGCCGGAAGAGUCUUCAUCGCAGCUAGCAACGGCGGCGCUAGUGUCACCCUCAGUGGUGAUGAGAUCGCCAUCCAUCGCGCCAAGGCCCUCCUCGACGAGGAGAAGCGCUUCUGUCGACUGCUCAAGGUCGAUACAGCGUACCACUCGCAUCAUAUGGACCCCUGUGCGGACCCCUAUCUGCAAUCGCUCAAGGCCUGCGGCAUCAACGCCCAGCUAUCCAAACCCGAAUGUCCCUGGGUCAGUAGUGUAUACGGCCCAGCCGGGUCUCCGACAGCCCUGGAGCUCUCAGGACGGUACUGGCGCGACAAUAUGGUGCAGCCGGUGCUUUUCUACGAAGCGCUGACCCGCGUGCUGGCCCAAAACGGGCCAUUCGACCUGGUGCUGGAAAUUGGACCACACCCUGCCCUGAAGGGCCCGGCUAUGCAGACCAUUCAGGAGUCCAUCGGUCGGAAACUGCCCUAUUCGGGCGUGCUGAACCGUGGCGGCGACGACAGCACUGCGUUCGCCGACGCCCUCGGCAUGAUUUGGACCUAUCUCGGCCCUGCGGCCGUCGACCUGGCAGCCUAUGCCCGGAGCACGGCAGGGGGUGCCUCCUACAAGCUGGUCAGGGAUCGGGCCCUGCCGUCCUACCCAUGGGAGCACGACCGACCGCACCUGCGUCAACCACGCACGAUGAGGCAGUAUCUCAAUCGCCCGACCCUCCCGCACGAGCUGCUGGGCAUCCGCACUCCCGACGACACCCCCUCCGAGUACCGGUGGCGUAAUAUCCUGACCCCCGCCAUGUUGCCGUGGCUACAGCACCACCGCUUCCAGAGCCAGAUCAUCGUGCCUGCGACAGCAUACUGCGUGAUGGCGCUGGACGCGGCCCGGGCUAUGGCCACUGGCUAUGGGAAGAAUGUGGGGAUGGUCGAGAUCCAGGACUUGUUGAUCCGGAACGGCAUCACGAUGGAGGACGACACGCAGGGCAUCGAGAUCCUGGCCAGUCUGCAGUACGAUGCCGUCCUGUCGACGGAACAUACCCUGGUCACCACCUUCACCCUCAACUGGACGCCCCUAUCGGGUAACCUCCCGACCAAGCUUGCGGUCAGUGGGCGGGUGGUGGUCGACACCAGCGUGGCCAGCCCUAACGCCCUCCCCCAGCGGGUGCAGAACGCUGCCAGCACGACGCCCAUCGACCUCGACGCGUUUUACGAGUCCAUGAGUGACAUCGGCCUCGCCUACACCGAGCCUUUCCGCGCCCUGGUUGGCCUAAAUCGUCGCAUGAACUUUGCCUCGGCGCAGCUGCAGAAGCCCCAUCCGCUGGAUCCGUCAGAGCUGUCCGUCCGCCCUGCUCUGCUGGACGCAUGUUGCCAGACCAUCUUCGCCGCGAUCGCUGCACCGGCAGACGGGACCCUCUGGACAUCGUUCCUGCCUCAGAGCAUCGCGCGCCUGCGCUUCAACCCCGCCCUCUGCGAGGUCGAUCCGACCACUAGCCACCUACUCGACGUCGAAGCAACCGUCACCCGGUUCGAGCGGACUUCCACCAAAGGCCCCGCCAGCUUCCGCGGCGACGUGGAGAUCUACAACGCGACGGGGCAGAUGGAGAUCCAGAUCCAGGGAUUGACCGUGCAGUCCUUCGCCACGGCAAGCAGCGCGGAUGACCGCGAGCUGUACCUGCAGACGAUCUACAAGCGGGACCCAUGGACGGGCUUUGACCCGAGCGAGGAGGUCUCUGCGUUCCUGAAAUCCCUCACCCAUGUGGUUGACCGCAUUACCCAUCGCCAUGCGCAUAUCAAUGUGCUUGAGAUCGAUCUCGGCGGUGCGGAGCCCCUCACCAGCUCCAUUCUGGAGGGUUUGGGUCGGCAGUACGCGUCAUAUACAUAUGCCGGUCCGCAGGGGAUGCUGCGCUCCCAGCCCCAGACGGUUUCUCACGUGGAGAUACAGAAGGAUGAGCCGGGGCUGGGGCUCCAGCAGCAGGAAGAGAGCUUUGAUCUUGUUGUCAUAUCAAGGAUGGGUGGGAUGGGCGCCGGGGUGGAAGCUCAGGCCGCGGCCGUCCGCGGUCUGAUGCAUGCGGGAGGGUUCCUGAUCGCUGUUCAUUCGGACGGCGCCAUGAUGCAGGAACGUCUGCUUCGACUGCUGCGCAGCGGCAACACUGCCGACCAGCAAGCCCCGACCCCGUCUGGCGUCUCCUUCGAGGAAUGCGGGUUCUCUGCCCCCGUCCACCACCACCGCUCCCUCCGGACGGGGAUGUCGCUGUCCGUCGCCCAGGCUACCAGUCCGGAGAUUCUUAUGCUGCAGUCGCCUAUCCAACAUGCUCCGUUGCUUGGGAUCACCGGAAAGGUGCUCAUCAUCGGAGGCAGGAAGCCGGAGACGCGCGGCAUGGUGCAGCGAAUGCAGGAAGUCUUAUCUCAGAGCCAAUGCCAGGUUCUGGUCGCUGACAGUCUGGAAGACCUGCGCGCCCAGGACGUCGCGGGCGUUCAAUCCACCGUUCUUCUAGCUGACCUGGACGAGCCUAUCUUGCGGGACAUCAGCGCGAGCUCCCUUCCCACUCUGCAGGCCAUCUUCAGUCCUAACCGCUACGUCCUGUGGCUCACGCAGCAGUCCAUGACAGAGAAUCCGUGGCACGCUGCGUCAAUGGGCCUCGGCCGGACGGUGAAGAGUGAGACUCCGCAGCUGGAACUCCAGUUCUUGGAUCUCGAUACCCUCACUGGGGUGGAGGACCUGGUGACCGCAUCGUUCCUGAGACUGGCGUAUGCGUCGGAGAAGGGCACCAAGGGGCUGACGUGGACGGAUGAGUCGGAGCUGCGUCUCGUGGAUGGAAAUCUCCUGAUUCCCAGGGUGGUGCCGAUCCCGCGACUGAAUGACCGGUUGAAUUCCGCGCGGAGGACAAUUACUCGCGACGUGGAUGGCGGAGACGCAAAGGCGCCGGUGGAGUUGCUGGUGACGGAGGAACGGGGUGAGGAGGUGUAUUCGGUGCAGAGCCAGACUGAGGUUGUGAGUGACGGGCAGACAGUGCGUGUCAAGACUCUGUAUAACAGCCUCGCGGCCCUGAAGGUCGAUGGGGAUGGCAGCGCGUUGAUGGCGGGACUGGGUGUCCGUGAGGAUGGGAAACACGUCCUGUUCCUGGCACCUCAGAACUCCUCGUGGGUGACCGUUCCGCAGGCCUGGACUCAAGAGAUCGAUGACAACGUUAAGGAUGAUGCCUCUGCAGCGGCAUUCCUCUUGAGGAUCACCCUCGCCAGCCGGAUUCUGGCGACUGGAAACCCGAUCUUACCCCUGGCGGUGCUGGAGGCCGACUCUCUUUUUGCGUCUGCCAUGGACUUCUUGCUCGAGAAAGACGGCCAGCGGAGCUGCCACUAUGUCACCAGCUCCCAGGAGCUGGCGUUGAAGGAUGAUCGCUUCCUCUUUGUCCAUCCACACUCCUCUCAGCGCGUUCUGCGGGCCGCUCUCCCGGCGACUCUUGGGUCGAUAUUUGACCUGAGCGUUGGCUCUCCCCUGGCUGGUGCUCUCUCCUCGUACGGACAUAUCGUACCGGCAUCGUCCCUGGCAGGGGUGUCGAGUAGCGUCACGGCCGAGAGCGUUGACACGGUGGCACUGCAACUGACACAAGACUGGCUGCGCACCAAGCCAUCCCAGGUGGGCACGACGGCCAUCCGCCCCGUGGCCGAGUUAGUAGGGCAAGAUCACCCCCAGCCCAUCCUGACUCUGGUGGACUGGACCCGACCCGACAAGCUGCCCUCGCGCAUCCGACCCAUCGAUCCCGCCAGCGUGCUCUCGCCAGAAAGGACCUACGUCUUCGUCGGCCUGGCUGGAGAUCUCGGUGAAAGUCUCUGUCGCUUGAUGGCGCUGCACGGGGCGCGACACUUCGUCAUUGCCAGCCGGAACCCCGUCAAGGCGGAGGGCUGGGCUCAGGAUCUCCGCACUCGGGGUGUCCAAGUCCAUCUGGCCUCUCUUGAUGUGACGAGCCUCGACGCUGUUCGCCAACUGGAACGAACCCUCAAGGACCCUGCCACCGGACACCCUCCCGUGGGCGGGGUGGUCAACGGGGCCAUGCUGUUGUCCGAUGGACUGUUCGCUGACAUGACUCUAGAAAGUCUGCAGAGAGUGAUGGACCCCAAGACGGUCGGAUCACAGAAUCUGAGCGAUGUCUUCUGCGACCCGGGCCUGGACUUCUUCAUCAUGCUCUCGUCGUUGACCUCUUUCCCCAGUGGCACAAUCUCACUGACAAACACGAAACAGUACAUGGCGGGCGUCGCUGGCCAACGCCGCAACAGAGGUCUGGCCGGCUCGGUCUUGGACAUUGGCAUCCUGUACGGCAUCGGGUACGUCAACCGGGUCGACGGGGCCGAGAUCUACCAGAACCUGCGCCGCCAGGGCUACCUGCCCAUCUCGGAGCGGGACGUGCACGAGAUUUUCGUCGAGGCGAUCCUGACCGGACAUGCCGGGAGCGCGUUCCCCUCGCAGAUCUCGACGGGAUUGCAGCGCUGGAGCCCGAAUGCGGAGGUGCCGCUGCCGUGGUAUCAGGAUCCGAAGUUCGCGCACCACCGGCUCCUCGCUGAUGGGGGAGCUUCCGCGGGAUCCGGGGCAGGGUCAGGCGGCGGUGCGCAGACCGUCCAGGCGUUGUUGCUGGAGAGUAAGACUGCAGAGAGCAUUGCCGAGACGCUGCAGACGGCUCUGGCGGGAUUCCUGGAGUCGAUGUUGCGGCUGCCCGCUGGCAGUGUGAAGAGUGAUAUGCCCAUUACCGAUCUGGGCGUGGAUUCGCUGGCGGCGGUGGAUAUUCGGUCCUGGUUCCUCAAGGAGGUUAAGCAGGACAUGCCGGUCCUGAAGAUCCUGGGUGGCUCGUCUCUGGCGACACUAUGCCAGGAAGUGUCCGUCGAGAUCGAAGAAAGCCGCAAGACCGCCACGACUGACGACGACGAGGACGCAACCACCGAGGAAGACACCAGCAGUGCGGCAUCCGACCUGUUCAACUCCCUCCAUCUCGCCCCUUCGACAGACCUCAGCUCGGAGCCCGACGACGCGGAUCCCGAGCGCCUGGAGCAGAUUGCGCCGAUGUCCUUCGGCCAGGCGCGCAUGUGGUUUCCCUUCCUGCUGCUGGACGACAAGACGACUUACAACUGCACGACGUCGUACCGACUGCGUGGGCCCCUGGACGUCGACCGCUACGAACGGGCCAUCCAGUCUGUCGUGCGCAAGCACGCCAUCUUCCGCACCUGCUUCUACACCGAAUCCGACGAGCACUCCUCCAGCGAGGCCAUGCAAGCCGUAUCGGCCACCUCGCGCUUCAAGCUCAACAUCGUGCAUGACCCCGACGACACGGCCGCCGUGGACCACGAGACAGCCCUAAUCGCCGGCCACUCGUACGCCCUCGGCGCCGGCGACGUGUUCAUCGCCACCCUCAUCCAACACUCUGCGACCUACCACACCGUCAUCUUCGGAUACCACCACAUCAUCGUGGACGGGGUCAGCUGGCAACAUUUCCUGCAAGAGGUCGAGCGCUUCUACACCUCCACCGCCACCUCCGCCUCCCCAGCGGCGGACUACCUCGACUUCGCCAUCAAGCAACAGGCGGACCUGACCUCCCCCUCGCAGACCAAGAAACGGACGUUCUGGAAGGACCAGUUCACCCCGUCCGCCCCGUCCCCUAUCCCCCUCCUCCCGUUCGCACGCGUGCCCGACCGAAAGCCCCUGCAGCAGUACUCGGUCCGCGAGCACUUCAUCGAGUUCGACCGGUCGCUGGUAUCGCGGAUCAAAUCCGUCGCGACAGCAAACCACAGCACGACGUUCCACGUCUACCUCGCCGCGCUGCAGGUGAUGCUGUACCGGCUGCUCAACGUGACGGACGUGUGCAUCGGAAUCACCGACGCGAACCGGUCCGACCCCGCGCACCUCGACACGAUCGGUCUGAUGCUGGAUUCUCUCCCGCUGUGGUUCCGCCACUCGCACGGGGGGGAGACCUUCGCGGAGCGUCUCCAGCAGACCCGCUCGCUGGUGUACUCCGCCCUCGGCAACAGUGGUAUCCCGCUGGACGUGAUCCUCGCCGACUCCGGGAUCGAAUCGUCCACGACGCAUCUGCCGCUCUUCCAGGUCCUGGUUAACUACCGCAUGGGCGCCUUCAAGCAGAAGUCCGUGGGCGAGGACGUGGCGCUGGAUUUCCUGGCGUAUGAGGACGCCAGGCAUCCGUUCGACUUCAUCAUGAACAUCGACGAGGAGGAUGGGCGCGCCGGCCUGACCCUGUCGGUGCAGACGGCGCUGUAUGAUGUCGUGGCCGGGGAGGGGUUCCUGGGUGUCUUUACCCACUUUCUGGAGGUGCUUACCCAGGACCCUGGCGUGCCUUUCGGGGUGCAUCGGGCAUUCCCAAGGGAGAUGGUGCAGAAGGGGACGGGCCUGGGGGUUGGGAGCGGGUGGGCCGGGGAGUGGCCCGCCACGCUGCCGGAGAGGGUGGAGGCGCAGGCGAGUCGGUUUGCGGCCGAUGUGGCGGUGCAAGAGAGCAGUGUGGAGUGCAGCUAUGCGGAGGUCAUGGACAGGGUCCAGGGUAUUAUGGCCGUUUUGAUGCAGCGGCAUGGCAUGGUGAAGGGAUCCCGGGUCGGUGUGCUGGCGGGUCCCUCGCUCGGUUCCGUGCUGUCCCUGUUGGCGCUUCUCCGCGCGGGGGCGGUGUAUGUUCCCCUGGAUGAACGGAACUCGGAUGAGAGACUCGCGGGCAUUGUCCAGGACGCGUCCGUGGGGAUCGUUAUCUGCGAUGCGCAGGCGGGGCAACGUGCGCGUGCACUGUUGUCUGGCGUUGACGGAGGCGAGGUGAUGGAUAUCAGCCCGUGGACGGGAACCACAGCGCCCCCGAGAACAGCAUCCAGAAACGAGGCCGCCUACCCGGCAUCGCACGACCUGGCCAUGAUCAUGUUCACCAGUGGAUCGACCGGUCGUCCGAAGGGGAUCAUGCUGUCGCAUGGCAAUUUCCUCGCACAUGUGCAUGCCGCGACGACAGGCAUGGGCCUGGGCCGGGAGACGGUGCUGCAGCAGAGUGCCCUGGGAUACGAUGCCUCGCUGGCGCAGAUCUUCUAUGCGUUGGCAAACGGAGGUAAGCUGGUCAUGUCGAGCAACCGCUCCGAGAUGGGCGAGAUCGCCGCCGUGAUGCAGCGCGAACGGGUCAGUUUGACCCUCAUGGCGCCCUCCGAGUACGCGGUGCUGUUCCAGUACGGCGGCGAGGCGCUGGCCAAGUGCGAUGCCUGGCGGGUGGCGAUGUGCGGUGGUGAAGCCUUCACACCGCAGUUGAGACUGUGGUUCCGCCAGUUGAAGCCGACGGGCGGGCUGAAGGUGAUGAAUGCUUAUGGCCCGACGGAAAUAUCCGUGGCAUGCAACAUCGGAGAGGUGGACUACCUGGACGAGACAUUGGACGCGGAGACCCGCAUUCCCAUGGGCCGAGCCCUACCCGGAUACUCCGUCAUGCUGGUGGACGACUCGACCAACAGCCCCGUGCCGCUGGGCUGUCCGGGUCAGAUUGCCGUGCAUGGCCGCGCAGUGAGCAGCCUGGGGUAUCUGAACAACGAGGCCCUGACGCGCGAGAAGUUCGUUCUGCUGUCCCAGGAGGGGGCAUCGACGAGAUGGUAUCUGACUGGGGAUAUGGGCCGCAUGGACGCCGACGGCCAUGUCGCCUAUCUGCGGCGGAUCGGGCAGGACUCGCAGAUCAAGCUGCGCGGCAUGCGGAUUGAGCUGAGCGAGGUGUCGAACGCCAUUCUCGAUCAUGCCGGCGGAGGGAUUUCCCACGCGGUGGUUGGCGUGCGCGGAGCCGAUCUGGAGCAGUUCCUGGUGGCCUACGUGGUGCUGUCCUCGGCCAAUACCGUCGGCAACCGGAACCCUGAGGAGUAUCUCCAGGACGUGUUGCGAACGCUGCCCCUUCCGCUGGCGAUGCGUCCGGCGCAAGCCAUCCCCCUGCGCGCCCUCCCCACCAACGCCAGCGGCAAGCUGGACAUGCCCGCCCUGGAUGCGCUUCCGCUGCGCAUCCCCAGCAGCCAACCCAUCGACGGGAGAAGCCUCACUGCCACGGAGCAGCAGCUGAAAUCCAUCUGGGAGAGCGUGCUCGGCCAACGCCCCGGCCUGGCCAUCAGCAAACACUCCAACUUCUUCUCUUCCGGCGGCAACUCCCUGCUGCUCCUGAAACUGCAGGCCGAAAUCCGCAAGCAACUGGGAGCCGAGAUGCCUCUGCCCGAGCUCUUCCGCAUCAACACCCUCGAGAGCCUAGCCCUGACCAUCCAAGACUCCUCCUCCUCCUCCUCCUCCUCGUCCCCCCUCCCUCCCAGCCAAGUCAACCCCUUCUCUUCCAUUGACUGGGAAUCCGAAACCCUCCCCCCCGCAGCCUCCCACCUGCACCCCUCCCAUCUCUCCCAACUGCCCCUCCCCACCCGAAACCUCAGCGUCAUCCUCACCGGCGCAACAGGCUUCCUCGGCCGCGCCAUCGCGCGCGCCCUGCAGUCCCGCCCCGAGAUCCAACAAAUCCACUGCAUCGCCGUGCGCAACCGGACCUCCGCCGCCGCGCGCGCCCUCGAAGCCAGCUGCCCGAAAGCAGUCCUGCACUCUGGAUCGCUGACCCAGCCGCGUCUCGGUCUGGGCGACGACGAAGCGCGGCUCCUUUUCGCCGACGCCGCGGCCGUCAUCCACAACGGCGCGGACGUGUCCUUCCUGAAACCCUACGCCACGCUGCGCGACGCCAACGUGGGGUCCACGCACGAGCUCCUUCGCCUAUGCGGCGAGGUGGACGCCCACCCCGUGCCGAUCCAUUUCGUGUCCACGGCGGGCGUCGCGGCGCUCCUACCCCAACCCCAAGCCGGGGAUGCUGGCGUUGUUCUGCACGCCGAGAGUCUCUCCGCGCACCGCCCCGGCUCCGCGACAGCGGCAGCGGUAGACGGAUACGUGGCGUCGAAGUGGGCAGCCGAGGUGAUGCUCGAGCGUGCCGCGGGGACAGGAUCGCAGUCCGUGACGGUUUACCGCCCGUCGAGCAUCACGGGUCCGGACGCGCCGAUGCUGGAUAUCCUGCAUACGGUGCUCCGACUGUCGAUGGAGAUGCGCACGGUGCCGAGCAUGAAGGCGUGGGAGGGCGCGUUCGAUCUGAUCGGUGUGGAGGAGGCCGCGGAGGGUGUGGUCGGGGGUGUUUUGGGCAAGGCGACGAGUAAGAGCAAGACCGCGUUUGUGCAUUUGUCCGGCCAGAGGGUCGUUCCGGUGGAUGAUGUGAAGCGGACGUUGGAGAAGGAUGUCGGGUGUGCGUUUGAGGAGGUCGGCAUGGCAGAGUGGCUGAGACGUGCUAGAGGUGUCGGGUUGAAUGAACUCGUCGCGGCGUAUCUGGGGGAGAUGCUGGGGGAGCAGGGCGGGUGGAAGUUGCCCCGGGUUGAGAGGACUGUGUAG